CGUCACCAUGACGCAAUGGACUGGACUUGUAUACGCAAACGAAUUCUUUUUUUUUUGUUUACUUAUAAAUACUCACGUUUGCUCCGGGGGUGAUUAAAAUCUGUAUUAUACUGUCAAUUGCAUUAUAGAGUCUGUGUUUACCUUCUUCCAAUUACUCCCUUUCACCUACUACUUCCUUAUUAUCAUAACUUACCAAGAUGUUAAGCCGAAGCUCCAGAUUCGCUACAAGCUGCACAAGACAGCAACUCUACCGCCAAACAAGAACCCCCCUUCGCAAUGCACGCUGUCGCUAUUCCACCUCCACAGAGUCAGGCUCAUCAGGCGCUUCCCCCGCUGUAGUCGGCGGUAUCGCCGGUGGCGCCGUGACCUUCUUUGCAGGAUACCUCUGGUACCAAUUCUCCGGGGCGAAGACGAUCGUUCAGACUGCAAACCAAACAGAAGCGUAUUUCAAGGAGGCCAAGAAGAAGGUCGCCCAGAAGACUCCCGAGCCGGAUGAAGCGUUCGGGUGGUUGAGAGACACGGCCAAGAGUUAUGCGUCGUUUAUUCCCGGUGCGAAGAGCUACGUUGAUACGGCGUUUGAUGACCUAGAGACCAUCAGACGUAACCAGGGAAAGGAGUUCGAUGAGAUUGUCCGCGAUGCGUACAAUGACUUGCGCGAUAUCUCAAAGAAAGGUAAACUUGAUGUGGAUACCGCGGUCAAGGUACGGGAUGUGCUGGAGAAGCACUUUAAGCGGCUGUAUGAUCUGGCUGGGGAUUCUGCGGAGGAUAUUUUGAAUAAUCACCCCGAGCUCAAAGAGAAGUUUGGGGGCAGCUUUGAUCGGCUGAAGGAGAUGGGUAGUGCCUAUGGUCCUCAGGCUCAGGAGGAGGUUGACAAGACUUGGAAGCAAGUUAAGGAUAUUGUCUCUGCUGGUAUCAGUUUUGAUACCGUCGAGAAGAUCCAGAAGGUGACUAAGGAGAAGGAGGAGAAGCUUCGGAAGCUCGGUGACGAGGCCUGGAAGCGUGGUUUGGAUGAGGCCCGGCCUUACCUUGAGAAGAGUCCGAAGAUCAAGGAGUUCGUCGAGAAGAAUACAGAUGCCUUGAAGAAGGGUAACUAUGCGAAGAUCUGGGACAUGAUCAAGGAGAGUUCGUCCUCCGGAAAUACUGAAGACUUGGAAAAGUAUGUCAAGGAUCUCGCCGGUCAAGCCAAGGAGAGUGGAUUUGGUAAUCUAGAUAAACUAUCAAACAUGGUUCCUGGAGGUUCACAAAUCCUUUCCCAGCUGCAGUCCCUUCAGAAUGCUGCAGAGAAGAAGGGCCCGGAGGCCGAGAAGCUUCUCAAGGAAACUGUUGACGACCUCCAAGGAGUUUUGUCCGAGAAACUGAAGAAAGCGGAAAAGCUUGCUGAGGAAACAAAGUCUGAAACUAAAUAAGCUUGAGUGGCGAUGUGCGACUUUAUCUAUACAUAUGCAUUAGUCGAGCUUCCAUCUGGCGAAAGAUUAAUAUUAAUCAAGAGGAUUCAUUCGUGGAUGACGAUGCAUUCUGGGAAUCGGCGUUCAUAUUCGGAUCUAGGUCAGCGAUGGCUUAUGGCAGGUACAUUUUAAUUUAGCAAUGAAACUUCCAUCCCAACCCUCAAAUUCCCGAGCAUGUUUCAUGUUUACUUUUGAAUCAUAGAAAUUGCCCCCAGGCAAUAUUGUAGAUGCCUCAGGCCAGAAGAAAAUUCGAAGA